AUGUAUUUAAGUCGAAUAUACUUCAAGCUUCUUGGGAUAUCCGCAUUUCUAACCGAAGGGUUAUCAUCCCCAUUGUCAGCUGGCCCUUCAGAUUUAGCGAUACAGCCAGUUCAGAAGGAAGUCAACAACCAUCCAAGCAGACAAAGCGAUAAAGGUUUAAUUGUACGUGAGCCAACGUGCCCUGCUGGCAGCGUCCCCGUGUUUUGUUUUCCCAGUAUGACAGCUCCAGCUUGCAUAGGAAGGGAAAUUUUAUACGUAGGAGCGGUCCUUUCAGUUGUUAACUCAGAGGCUAUCCAUAAUAUGGCUAAUCUAAUGAAAGACUGGGUUCUAAGAAAAUGGGGCUUUUACGACUACAAAUCUAAUGAGCCAACAAGACGUGGUAUCAUAGGUUAUGGUUAUGGAUUGGUUAGGUUAGGUUAG